AUGACGUCAUCUGCAGUCCUCCAAUCAGGUAAUGUGUCAAUUGUUACAGUUACGGUGAUUGCUUAUCGGCGGUACAUUCAUGUGGCAUGUAACAAAGUCAUUGAUUUCCCAUGGUCAUGGCAAGCAAUAUCUUACAUAUGGAUAUAUUCACUAGCCUGGAGUUCAGCACCAUUACUUGGAUGGAACAGAUACACUCUGGAACUCCGGCCAGGUUUCAGCCAGGUGUCUUUUGUUCUUCUCCUCUUCCUUGCUUUUCUAGUAGCCCCAGCAAGCAUUAUGGCAUUUUGCUAUGGAUACAUAUUGUAUUGUAUCACAAUGGACUACGAAAUUAAAGUGGCUAAAAUGUGCGCCUUGAUGAUCUUGGCAUAUCAAAUUUUUUGGAUGCCGCCUUACAUUAUGUCUCUGCUGGUGAUAUGUGGUUGA